AUGGACGAUUUGGAAAUCGCAUCACUAAUAUAUUUGGAUGAUGAAGAGUCAUCAGAAGAUAAAAAAAAUCAUUUAGAGGAGAGUGUAAUGUUUAAAAAGCGCAAAACUGAGGGUCUAUUUCAAAUUUUAGUGCGUCGCCAUCUGCAUUGCAAUGACGAAAAAUUUAGACAAGACUUUUGGUUAACACCAAUAUUAUUUGAUUAUGUGUUAAAUCACAUAAGAGGUAACUUAAGCAUCUUCAAGGUGAUAUCUAAGCCAUAUAAUAUAAUAGAAAGAAAAAUCCCAUAUGCCCUGAAGAAAAGUUAUGUAUACUUGUGAUGUAAGUACACUGAAUCAUAUUGAACUAUAAAUUAUACUUAUAAAUACGUCUAUAGACUAAAUGCUGGUACGUAUACCGGCCAAUAUACCGGUCAAUACAUACCAAUAGUAUACCGGCCAAUAUAAUAUAUAUUUAAUUUUAACUCAGUACAAUUCAGUUUAUUUUGAGUAUCAAGAAUUAAGGUAUGUAAAAUUCGGUUUUAAAAUAAUUGAUAAUUAUUACUAUAUUUACAAUAAUUUCCAUUAGACUAUAACAUCAUUUUCUAAUAUUUAUUGAAUAUUGAUAAAGUAAAAUAAAUCGACUUAUCCAUAUUAUAAUAUAUAUCGUUAUAAAUUAACAAUUGACAAGAAAAAAAAAUUGGCUUUGGUUAUUUUCAGAAAGGCAAAAGGCACUUUCUGAAACAUCACCAGUGCUCGGUGUUUGUGAUGACUCAUAUGUUUGUCUACUUGUUGCUAGUGGAUGGUAUCGUUUCUGAAUAUAUGGAACACAAUGUUGAACUCGGAAUUGAUGAUGAAUCGUUAGUCUGUCUUGAAUAUAUUGAACAUAUUUUCAAUUCAGUAUUACCGACCAACGACAAAAUUUGCAUCCUUAAUUUAACUUCUUCAUACUGA